UGAAUGGACUACUCUUUGAGGACAUCAACGUAUACGAAUAGCCCGCUUUCUGCGCUCGGAAACCUCAUUGGUCGGCUGCUAUUGUUGCCACAGUGAUCGCAGAGUAAGCGAGCUUGACUCCGCCCCUGUUGCCAUUUAUGGAGAGGCAGCACCCACAAGACGAACUCUGAUUGGUCACCUUGGGUUCUCGGCUGUGUUUGUAAAUUUGUAGCUGAGGAACACUAGAGUUUAGAUCUCAGCGCGCAAAUGUCUUAUUUUCUAAUGUUGACAAACAUUUCGUUCCUUGAUACCUUUUAAAUUCACUUACUUCAAAUUCUAACGGGUGUAAGGACAACCUAGUGUCUGGAUUUUGUCGAUACGAACAAGCCAGAUGGAUGCGGGAAGAGCUUUAACGUCGGCAGCAGCUAAAGGAAACACAAAUGAUGUACGGAGGAUUCUGGAGGAAUGCCGGGUGCCUCCCGAUACAGUCAAUGAAUUUGGCAGAACGGCCUUGCAGGUGAUGAUGAUGGGGAACACCAAGAUAGCCAGUCUGCUGUUGGAACACGGAGCCAACCCCAAUGCCCAGGACAGACACGGCAUCACACCGGCCCAUGACGCAGCCCAGACAGGCUUUCUGGAAACCCUGCAGGUUCUGGUGGAGCACGGCGCUUCUGUGAACAUCCCAGACAAGAACGGCACACUGCCCAUCCACAUCGCAAUCAGGGAGGGUCACCGGGAUGUGGUUGAGUUCCUGGCGCCCCGGUCGGACCUGAAGCACGCCAACACCAGUGGGCACACGGCGGUGGAGGUGGCCAGAGCAUCCUGUUUGCCUGACAUGAUUGACUUGGUGUUUGCCCACAUUCACAGCUAGUGAGUCGACUGGAUCGAGCCAAUAGUGUAGGGACUACGUGGUGGGUUUCCCUCUCCCUCCCGCUGUCCUCCUUGAAACCUGGUGACUUGAAUGAUUAAUUGUGUAAAGGGGUUACAUUGGAUUUUCACAAUAGUAGCUCAGAGUUGGUAUAUCUCCCGGAGCUUAGCAUUGGUGGAUGAGUUGACGUGUUGACAUCUCUUUUGCACAGUGCAAUUUAAGCACCUUUUUAUAUGUAGCUCUUUUCCCUAAGAUUGGGAGUGCACAUUUGUAGAUAGAUGAUUUCGUUAGUGUUUCUUAAAAAAUUAAUUGGAUGAUAAUUAUUAUUAUUAUUAAUAUUAUCUUGUUGCGUAAGAGCUUAAACUGUUGGUCUGUGUUUUUUGUAUGUUUAUGAAACUAAUUGUGCACCCUCAAUACUUUGCCUAGUUGUGUUGAUUAGAUGUCAUUAGAUUUGGAUUUUAAUCAUAUUUAUUUAUUGAAAUAGGACAAUGAAUUUUCCUAUGAUUUUGUAAAUAGAUACAUUUAUUGUGGAUUGUUAAUUUGUUAAUGUUAUUUAUAAAACAUAUUUUUAAAACUACAAUUAAAAUAUUAACGUUUUCUUGGACAAACACAAAAUAAAGUGUUGAACUAAU